AUGAUUGCUUCAAAAUCAGCUCUGUCACCAUCACAUUGUUGGAUACGAGUAUACAUUGUAAGGACAACUGGUUUAGCAGAACUUGAUGGUGCUUUUGGCUGUGUACAACUGGAAGCUUGUGCGCAGAAAAGUUGUCUAGGCAAGGCAGGCAAUGAUAUGAAGCCGACGAGAAAAACUGUUGUAGGGAAACCAAAGCGUCUUCCUUUACCUGUUGCUGAUCAACCUAAAAAUUGCAGUGAAGAGGCAGAUUCAGAGAAUUUGGAAGGUAUUAGAUUUGCAAGCUCGGUGCCUGAGUUUCAAGAUAUCAAGAAUGUAGAGAGUUUCACCAUAAUCUAUAACGAUUUGAAUAUAGAUUCGGAAAUGUCCAAACAUGUAAGGUCAAGAUACUACGAGCUCUGCUGCAGUCAGAAUUCCUUCUUGCAUAAAAAUCUUGUACCCGGCCUCAAUUGUAAAUUAGUUGCAGGUAUGAUUUGUGAAACUGUCAACAUUUCUGAUGCCAUUCAAUCUAGCCAAGUUAGCAGUACUUCUAGGGAUGUGUUUCAGUUAUGGAGAAAGAGUUUGGAAGCAUUUGAGCACCUUGACAUGAAUGUGGGUUUUUUGCUUCCUCGGUUGGAUGAGCUUAUGAAGCUGGCCUCUGAACAGUAG